AUGUCUGCCGACAAUACUGUGGAGGCACGCGCAAUUCAGGGCGACGAAAUUCGCAAGAAAGCAGCACACAUCACAACAGUCCUACGUCAUCGACAUGGCGACGCUGCGGGCGCCGCCACCACCGCGGUCGAUGAAUUCGUGGCAGCAUGCAACAUCCUCCCGCCCGGGCAGGGACAGACGGCCGCAGAUCUCGCGUCCGCACUAGGACGCAGUACAUGCCGCCGACUUGAGGAAGCUGCUCUCCGGAGCUUUGAACGACAGCUGCGGGGCCGGACCCGGCCGGACGGGACAAUGCCGCGCGUGCCCCGCGCGCUGGCGGAGCUGCAGUCGGCGGCCAAGGCUUGGCGCCUGUCGCCGCUGGUUCUGUUGGCGGAGUUUGCCGACGCGCCCAAGUCGGACAAUUUCUGGCGACUCCUGGCCCGAUUGGCACGCUCCCGUUGCCAUGGCUCCUGGCCGGACGUCCGCGAGCGCCUGCAAGUCGCUCGUCACCGCCGCCGAUAUGACCGUCUGGCUCGCCGUCAGGGCGUAAGCUACAUCCAGCCGUGGGCCAUUCCCGACAUUAUGGCAGUGUUAAAGCAACAUGAGGAGGAGUCGGAGGAAGACCAGGACGGAGAGGAGGAGCACGAGGAGGAGCGAGGACAAGACCAAGAGCAUGGGCAAGAGCAUGAUCAAGUCCACCAGCGCGCAAACGACAAUCCCAUCACAAGAACAGGACGGGACGAUGCAGCCGCUGGACAUGCCGCCCAUCGACCUACAGCGCUCAGUGACACGCUGGAUAGCACCAACAUCGCAAUACCAAUUCCUCAGCGGCCAGAUUCUGAUGGUGAAAGCGGCGAGAAUGGCGGCAGCGAAACCGGUGAUGCCACCUUGUCAGACACCAUUUACGUCAGCGGCAGCGAACAGACCAGUGUGUGGCGUUUCGCCUAUGGCUGGUGGCUGCCGACCGACGUUGUCCACCGGCUUUGUAGCUCCUUCGUCCACAUCCAGCCAGAAUUGUUUCAAUUUGCUGCAUCUGGAGCUGGAGUCUCAUGCCCCGCAGAUGAGACAAUGGACAUAUUAUCGCCUCGUCUCGGCCGGCCAGAUGCUGGCACGAGUACGAUUAUCGCGCCUCUCCGUAUAAAGACAUCGAAUCACUGGAUCCUCGCCACCCUGUGCCCUUCCGAGAACGUCGUCUCCGUUUACGAUCCACAACCUGGCAGUCGCUUGUCCCACACAGAGAUAGCAGCCGCCUUGGACGGCGCGCUGACGUGCGAACAGAUACCAGCGGGGGGUGAGGCACUCGCCGUCGCUGACUGCGCUUUUGUGAUGCGAAGCUGUCCAACUUUAGCGAACAGUAUCGACAGCGGUGUCGCCGUGAUUGCAUUGUCCUUGUAUUGCCUCGUGGGCCGUGCCAUGCCCACGAGUAUGGACAACUGGCUCUGGCGCCGCAUGCUGGCCUUUUACCUGACCCGACUCUCGCCGGACGACGCCGCACAAACGACCAAAGAUAUUGCGCUGGCCACGUUGUUUGCCCAGACGCUUUCGGCCCGCAACAUCCAUACGCCGGCCGACACCACAUCGACGAACCCUGCCGACUUCGCCGCCGAGCCGCCGCCGCAGCGGAGUGACAGGGACCAAGGCCACAUGGAUGCGGAAAGGAACUUGAUAGACGGAAUCCAACAACAACCGUUCGUUGGGCGUAAUAUUCUUGCACAACGCAACAGUGUCAUUGAGGGACGCGCAAUCUGGACCGCCGCGGCACGACUGGCCAGCCGUGCCGAGGCAGACGCACGGAGAAAGCGAGACGACAUUGCGAGCGAGCUGCAGCGUGUGGUUGAUGCGUUGUUCCAUCACAACACACAGUCGGACACGAGGAGACAUACUCGCCACAGAGAUGCCAAGGCAGCCUUCGAGGUCGACGGUGAUACUUUAACCAUGUCGGUACGCCGUCUUGAGACGGCCGUGAAGACAGCGGAGGCGGACAUGGCGGGCAUUGCCGCAGUCGUGAAUGGAAUUCGUGCUGUCUUGGACGACCUUGACACUCUUCUGCCCAAGCAGCAAAACAAGCGAGGGGACGGCGACGACAACGAGAACAGCGACGGAGAGUUUCGCCCUCCGCGGCCGUUUCAAACAUCGACAACACCGGCGAAGAAACAAUACGCGACACGAUCAACGGGCAAAUGCACCACCAAAACAACCGAAACAACCAACACAAGCAAAUUGAACAGUGCUAUCAACACAAACAACACAAUCAGCCCGAGGCGCCAAUGCGAGAUACUGCCCCACUGCAGCCAGGUUUGUAUGUUGGGCCUACGCAACGGGGGCGCCCUCGACCGCGCCUGCCAGAAUGUGCAGCUGCAUCCGUCGAUCGAGAACGGACACCACAAACUCACGCCCGUACAAUUUUGUAAUCGCCUACGAGAGCGGCUGGCGCACGAUAUGGGCGAGGACUGCGAGGCGCUAGACAAGUUUAGCAAGUUUGGCGCCAUAGGCAUGCUGUUUCGGCUUACGCUGCGAAGCCAUGGCUACUGCGUGGCCGCCGAGGGGGUGCAGCGCGUGCACGCGCAGCGACUCCAGCAGGAGAAGGACAUAUACGACCACCUCCAAGAGCAGUAG